GGUGUCCUCUCUCCUCUCCACUCUUGGAAGCAGUCCUCGUCUUGCUCUCCUGCGAGGGCUGUCAACCUAAAACUAGGGUUUUUAUCCGUUUUCUCGAGAAACAAACACACACAAGUGUGUAUACAUAUAAAUAUAUAUGUAGAAAAUGUCUCAGAACGGCAAAUUAAUGCCGAAUCUGGAUCAAGAGAGCACCAAACUCCUAAACCUCACCGUUCUUCAGCGAAUUGAUCCCUUCGUCGAGGAGAUUCUCAUCACUGCCGCUCAUGUCACCUUCUACGAAUUCAACAUCGAGCUUAGCCAAUGGAGUCGCAAGGAUGUCGAAGGGUCUUUGUUCGUUGUUAAGAGGAAUGCUCAACCUCGAUUCCAGUUCAUUGUAAUGAACCGACGAAAUACUGAUAAUUUGGUGGAGAAUCUCUUGGGAGAUUUUGAAUAUGAAGUCCAGGUUCCAUAUCUAUUAUAUCGAAAUGCAGCCCAAGAAGUAAAUGGUAUAUGGUUUUACAAUGCACGCGAAUGUGAAGAGGUUGCAACUCUCUUCAGCAGGAUACUGAAUGCAUACUCCAAGGUGCCUCCAAAGUCAAAGGUGUCUUCAACAAAAAGUGAGUUUGAAGAACUGGAAGCAAUCCCGACUAUGGCGGUAAUGGAUGGUCCUCUGGAGCCAUCAUCAUCAACUGCCUCCAAUGUCGCAGAUGUUCCUGAUGACCCUUCCUUUGUGAACUUCUUCAGUGCAGCUAUGACUAUUGGAAAUGCUUCAAGUGCAGCAAUGGCCGGACAACCAUACCAGUCUUCUGGAAUAAUCCCUCCCCGCCCACCCAGUGUUGUUCCCCCCACAAUACCAACCAUCCAGCUACCCGUCAAGGUACCAUCUCCUUCUCUGUUAACCUCUACUCCUUCGAUACUUCCCGUUGAUGCCCCUGAACCCAGCAGCAUUAGCAAUCGUGCUACUAAUCUUGUAAAGCCAUCUUCAUUUUUUGGUCCUUCCUCUUCUGGGUUGGUUAUGCCGUUUCCUAGACCAUCUUUGCCUACUGCUCCUCCACUUCACCCUCCUACGAGUGUACAACGCCCAUACGGUGCUCCUUUGCUUCAGCCUUUUCCUCCACCCACUCCCCCACCAUCUCUUACUCCGACUUUUAUUCCUACUCCAAACUGUGGGCCUGUUAUUAACAGAGACAAAGUCCGGGAUGCACUUCUAAUACUUGUUCAGGAUGAUCAGUUCAUUGACAUGGUUUAUCGGGCAUUGCUGAAUGCACACCACUCCUGAACGAUUUGAAGAAUAGUUACGACGUGCGAUUUUUGUUAUUGUCAUGCCAAAAGAAAGAACAAGAGAGGAAUUUCAGUCUAGCGUGUAGAUUCUCGUCAACUACAAGUUUGUGUUAUUGUAUAGCAUUCCACUCGUUACUGGGUUAGACGAUGGGAUUACUCUCUUUUUAUUUAACCCGAUUACAUUCUGUUUAUUAAUCGUGUCAAUAUAUGCUUAACUGUAUAUUAAACUCAUAAUGGGAGAUGGCCUUGUUUGUUGAUUUA